AUGGAUGUUUCAGGAAGUGAUCCCCAAAAAGUGAGUCAAGAAGCAGUUGUUAUGACACAAGAGGAAAACGAUUGUCCGAUUGAGCAAGUUCGACUCACAGUCCCAACGACCGAUGAUCCGACACUGCCUUGCUUGACUUUCCGGACGUGGUUUUUAGGGAUCAUUUCGUGUGGUGUUCUUGCGUUUUUGAACCAGUUCUUUGGGUAUCGACAGAACGCACUAACAGUGUCGUCUGUUUUAGCACAGAUUGUUGUUCUUCCCGUGGCAAGAAUGAUGGAAGCAAGUCUACCCAGAGAACCAAUAAGAAUUCUAGGAACAAGAUGGUCGUUUUCGUUGAAUCCGGGGCCUUUUAACAUGAAAGAGCAUGUCCUUAUCACGAUAUUUGCAAAUGCUGGUUCCAGUUCUGUUUAUGCAGUGGGGAUUAUCACUAUUGUCAAAGCCUUCUACCACACUGAAAUUCACCCACUUGCAGCAAUGCUGCUAACCCAAAGUACUCAGCUUCUUGGAUUCGGAUGGGCAGGUCUUUUCAGAAAGUUUUUAGUUGACUCCCCGUACAUGUGGUGGCCUGCGACUCUGGUUCAAGUCUCCCUGUUCAGGGCAUUGCAUGAGGAAGAGAAGAGGCUAAAGGGGGGUUUGUCAAGGCUGCAGUUCUUCAUGAUUGUUCUUAUAUCUAGCUUUUCCUACUACAUAGUUCCUAACUAUCUAUUUCAAUCCAUCACGGCCCUCUCCUUCGUUUGUUGGAUUUGGAAGGAUUCCUUCAAAGCUCAACAAAUCGGUUCCGGUCUUAAAGGUUUCGGUAUUGGAUCUUUCGGCCUCGAUUGGGCAACCGUUGCUUCUUUCCUUGGAAGCCCAUUAGCCACCCCUGGAUUCGCUAUGAUGAAUAUGUUGGUUGGUUACAUCAUAAUCUUCUACAUGGUCAUUCCCUUGUCUUACUGGAACAACUGGUACCAGGCUCGAAGAUUCCCGAUGUACUCUUUCAAGACAUACAAUGCCGAUGGAACGAUAUACAACGUCUCUAAAGUAUUGAACCAAUCUUCAUUCUCCUUCAAUCAAGCAGGAUAUGAUGAUUAUGGAAAAGUUAACCUUAGCAUCUUGUUUGUACUUGCCUAUGGUCUAAGCUUUGCAACCUUGGCUGCCACAAUCUCUCAUGUCCUUCUCUUCCAUGGGAGGACAAUUUGGGAACAAACGAAGGCAUCAAUGAGUAACAAAUUCGGGGAUGUACAUACAAGAUUGAUGAAGAAAAACUACGAUCCAGUCCCACAAUGGUGGUUUCAUUCUCUUCUAAUAGUAGUAAUAGGACUUGCUUUGCUUACUUGUGAAGGAUUUGGGAGGCAGUUGCAGCUUCCUUACUGGGGCAUUAUCUUAGCAAUCUGUUUGGCUUCGGUCUUCACCUUGCCCGUCGGUGUUAUCGUAGCAACCACAAACCAGGGAGUAGGGUUAAAUGUUAUCACAGAGUUGAUCAUAGGGUAUAUGUACCCAGGGAGACCACUAGCCAAUGUGGUCUUCAAAACCUAUGGUGACAACAGCAUGCGGCAAGCCAUACAGUUUCUCGGUGAUUUUAAGCUAGGCCAUUAUAUGAAAAUACCACCAAAGUCCAUGUUCAUUGUUCAGUUAGCAGGGACGUUCAUCGCAUCCUCUGUCUACUUUGCUACGUCUUGGUGGCUCCUCACAACAGUGGAAUUCAUUUGUGACCCCAGUAAAUUACCAACUGGCAGCCCAUGGACGUGCCCAGGAGAUGAUGUUUUCUACAAUGCCUCGAUUAUAUGGGGAUUGGUGGGACCUCAACGCAUGUUUGGGAAUCUUGGGUUGUACUCCAAGAUGAACUACUUCUUUCUGUUUGGAAUUCUUGCACCUGUGCCAUUUUGGUUCCUUUCUCGCAAGUUUCCAGAGUGGAAAUGGGUAAGGUUGGUAAACAUACCUAUCCUUAUAAACUGCCCAGGACCACCGAUUAAGCCAGUAAACUAUAAUAUGUGGUUUGCUGUGGGAAUGUUUUUCAACUUUGUUGUUUAUAAGAGGUUCAAGAGUUGGUGGGCAAGGCAUAACUAUAUAUUAUCAGCCGGGCUUGAUGCUGGUGUUGCAUUCAUGGCUAUCCUUUGCUAUUUGGUGUUACAAAAUAGAAACAUCAAUGGACCAGAGUGGUGGGGUUUAGAGGUGGAUGACCACUGUCCAUUAGCCAAUUGUCCUUCUGUCCCUGGAAUCCUGGUAGAAGGUUGUCCUAUAGUCCAAUGAAGCCUAUAAGCAGAGCAAAUUCCCAAUCUUCCUUCUCUUUUGUUUUUCGCUCUCUGCAAAAGUAGCACCUAUAUAAUUCUAUACACUAGGCUAGUUUAUACAACUAAGAACCAAGAUUCUAGUCGUCGUUGUAACGCAAAGGAAGAGUUCUGUUACAUGUAAUUUUUAUGAAAUUUAUCAGGAAUUAUCACCUAUGCUUUGAUCUGGAAUAGCAACAAAGAUGUGUCUGUGUAUGUAAGAACAACUCCUGUAGAAAAUAUACAACGAUUCAAGAGAAUUUGAUGAAAUAAUAGUAGCCUAAGAGAGGUUAUUUAAAGAAACAAGAGCAAACUCAUGUCCUCUAAAGCUUAAUAUGCAAGUUUCGAGUUGUGUUUCUGCUGAUAUGACCACAAACACAUAAAGAUUCUGACCAUGAAAAGAGACUAAAUUUUUUUUGUUAGAUCCUGGGAUUGUUUGAGCAUGGCCAUAGCAUAACUUAUUUCUAAAAGAUAAUGGCUAAGGAUGUAUGAUCCAUUUGAACUUGAUUUAACCAAACACCCAAAGACUCGUCUGAAUGCUGAAAGGAAGUCAAGUUCAAGUGAAAUAUUAACAUCAACUUCAUGAAUUCCAUCUGCAUACGUGGGAAUUGAAGCUUUGGUGCUAAUGGAGUUCUCACAAAUGAGAAACACUGAAUCAAAUUUUAAUGGAAUAGACAAGUUAUACCAAGAACACAAGAAAACGAACUACUAGAAAGAAGACAAGCUAUUAUCAUGUGCUUACUUUCCUGGAUAGAUCAAGCAAGCAAAAUAUUAAGAACACGACGCAAAAAUCAAUAGGUGAAUAGCAAAAAAGGAAGGCGAUAGGGAGUAGGAAGAUGCGUCGCUCUUGUGACCUUGAGUGACAUUGCCACUGCCAGUUCUUGAAGUGGGCAUACCACUGGGGAUUUUGCUUCCGCUUCCACCACCACCACCAACACCACCUGCAACUCCGUGGUGACCAAUUUCACCACCUAGGGCAACAAAUAUAUUUAGAAGCAGAGCAAUGAUGAGGAUUGGAAGAAGGCGAGUCAUACCUGAGGCUGAAUUGAAAGUGAAAUUAGGGAUUCGAGUGUGGAUAUGAUAGGAAGAUGAGAGAUUGGAUUAUCUGAAACUGACGAGAACCAGAGAGAUUCUUGUUGCAAGUUACACACGUCACAAUAUCCACAUGAUUGUU